CCCCGACCCCAGAUCUGCCUGGACCAGGCUUCAGAACCUGGACACAGCCCUAGCCUGCCCUGGAUCCCUAGACCUGCCCCCGACGGGGCAGCUCCCGCUUGGUCCAUCACUGAUGCCCCUCCCUGCAGGGGCCCAAGCGGCCGGAGGGAGGAAGGGCAAGCUGCCGGGGGCCGGCAUGGAGCCGGGCGAGAGGAAGAGGCUCUCAUCUGCCUCGUCGGAAGGAGACCAGAGAGAAGAAAACAAAUUAAAACCAGGAACUUCACAAGACUUGACUUCUUCCUCCAAAUUAGACAGAUACAAAAUAGCAAGACAAUUAACAGAAAGAGCAAUCAAGGAAAGGAAGAUUUUCUCCAUCUACGGACACUACCCGGUGAUCCGGGCUGCCUUGCGGAGGAAGGGCUGGGUGGAGAAGAAGUUCCACUUUCUGCCCAAGGUCGUUCUGAAUAUCAAGGAUGACAGUGCAGGGGUGACAGAAAAUAAACGUGCGGAAGGCAAAGAAAAUGAAGACGUGGCUUUGGAGAAAACAGAGGACAUCCAUGAUGUGAUGUCCAGGUUGGUAAAAAAUGAAAUGCCGUACUUCCUCUGGACCAUCAAAAGGGAUGUCAUUGACUAUCACAGCCUGAACUGUGACCAGAUGCUGAAUCACUACUGGAAGACCGCCUCCUUCACCACCAAGAUAGGGCUGUGCGUGAACAUGCGGAGCCUGCCAUGGUACGCCUCAGCCAACCCCGACUCCUUCUUCCCGCGAUGUUACGGCCUCUGCACCGAGAGCGAGCAGCAGGAAUUCCAGAACGACUUCCGGCGCACAGUGGCCUCCAGCAUCCUCAAGUGGGUGGUCAGCCACCAGACCUGCGACAGGAGCAAACCCAAGAGCAGGAGGGAGGAGGCCAGUGACAGUGACCCCAGCAACAGGAAGGGUCCUGAGAAUGACGGAUCGAAGCUCACAGGCCUCUCGGGGCAGGUCGUGGACAUGGCGUGCAGGGUGUGCCAGGCCUACCUGGGGCAGCUGGAGCACGAGGACAUCGACGUCUCCGAGGACACCACCCAGGACCUCACAGAGGACGAGUGGAAGGACCUGACCCAGCAGUACUACUCCCUCGUCCAAGGCAACACUUUCAUCUCUGAUUCAAGAAAUCACUUUUCGCGGUGCCAGGCCCUGCUGAGUAAACUCACCUCCGUGAACCCUCAGAUGGAGAUUGACGGGCUUCGGAACAUCUGGAUCGUAAAGCCCGCGGCCAAGUCCCGGGGCCGAGAUAUAGUGUGCAUGAACCGCGUGGAGGAGAUCCUGGAGCUGGUGGCUGCAGACCACCUCCCCGCCAAGGACAACAGGUGGGUGGUGCAGAAGUACAUCGAGACGCCACUGCUCAUCUAUGACACGAAGUUCGACAUCAGGCAGUGGUUCCUCGUCACCGACUGGAACCCCCUGACCAUCUGGUUCUACAAGGAGAGCUACCUGCGGUUUUCCACACAGCGCUUCUCCCUGGACAAUCUGGACAGCGCCGUCCAUCUGUGCAACAAUUCCAUCCAGAAGCACCUGCGCAACGACAAGGGGCGCAGCCCGCUGCUGCCGGGCCACAACAUGUGGACCUGCACCCGGUUCCAGGAGUACCUGCGCCGGAGGGGCCGCAGCGCCGUGUGGGGCAGCGUGGUGUACCCAGCCAUGAAGCGCGCCGUGGCGCACGCCAUGAGGGUGGCGCAGGCCCGCGUGGAGCCGCGCAGGAACAGCUUCGAGCUCUACGGGGCCGACUUCGUGCUGGGCCGCGACUACCAGCCCUGGCUGAUCGAGAUCAACUCCAGCCCCACCAUGCACGCGUCCACGCCCGUAACGGCGCAGCUGUGCGCGCAGGUGCAGGAGGACACCAUUAAGGUGGUGGUGGACCGCAAGACCGACCGCAGCUGCGACACCGGCAACUUCGAGCUGCUGUUGAGACAGCCUAAGGUGGAGCUGCCCCUGUUCCACACCUCCGAGCUCUGUGUGAAAGGCAUCAGCGUGAGGAAAGCCAGGAAGCAAAUGCCGCCCAUUUCCAACCUUAAUUGUUCAUCUUCGCUCUCGGACAGUCAGCCACUAACAGGGAGGUGCCCCUCGGCCAUGCCAGACCCAGUAUCAGGAGCCCCACCAACGGCCCUCCAGCAGGACUUGAGACUGAGGGACGAAAAGGUACUUCCUUGCACCUUGCCUGCACCCUUAAAGAGGCCAACUGAGAGAAGCUAUAAAGUCCAGUCCAUCCACAGCGAGUCUGGCGGGAAGAUACAGUUCCCCUCCUGUCAUUUUCAACACGUAGACAAUAAGGCCCCCAAAACUGGUCUUACCAGAGCCGACUUAUUAGAUGUGCGCCCACUGCCGUUCGUGCUUCCGAGCGUGAAGACGGUGGAGGGCACUCUGUCUCGGCCACCCAGACCACCAGGUAACCAUGCCUGUUGGCAUCCCGUGUCUGCCUGGGGCUGCCUGCUCCACGUCCUCUAGGGCCUUUGGUUGGGGCAGGGAGCGGGUGCUGGCCUGAGCUCAGGGCAGGGU